AGAGUUACGUGAUAUACCCAGAUAAUGGACGUGGAACAAGUCAUUCUAAUCUCAAGUGACUCAAGUGCACCAGCUUCUCCAGAGAAUUAUCAAGAUAAUUAUUAUAAAAAUGAUUUCAAGUCUUCUAAUGUCUCACCAGAAAUAUCACCUGUUGUGCACAAAACAGUGGAAAGUCUUGUAAAAAUGAGCCAGGAUAGUGGGCUUAGUCUUGGUGUCAGUCCCCAGCAAAAGGACAGAGAUGUAUUAUCAGAUGCAUGCCUGCAUGGAUAUGAUUCUGACAUAGUGGACUUGGGAUACGGUGAGAUACCAUAUGAAGAUGUUGGAUCUAAUAUACAUCCUUCUGCUGAUGUAGUAGCCUUGAAAAACUCAGAUGAUAAUCUGGGUACCAAUUCAGGAAACAGUGGAAGUGAUUACAAUAUGAAAGAAAACCCUCCAGAUUUGUUUUCCGAAGCAUUAAAUCAGUUACGAACACUUUUACCAUCAUCACAUGACAAGGAGGAUGAUCAAAAGAAGAAGAAGAAAGGUAGAAUUAAUAAAGAAGCAAUUCUGGAAGAGAAAAUGCAGAAAAAAGCCGAAAAGGAGAAGAAGAAAGCAGAGGCAGCCCUGCAUAAAGCUAUGAAACAAGCAGCAGCAGCAUCAAGUCGCCUCAAAAAGCCAGGCGAGUGUCUCAAGGCUAUUAAGGUUGUUGUGGAUAAUGCACUGAUACAAGAAAAGUUUGGAGGAGCUCUGUUGUCUGCCUUGGAAGAAAUAGAGGUAGAACGUUGUAUGCAGUCACAACCUAUCCCAAGCACUGUUACAUGGCUGCGCCAGAUCAUCGAACACAGCAUUGACGAAGACAGCCAGAAGCUAGAAGUGAUUACAAAGUACAAAGAAGAGGACUAUGCUUUGUUGAUAUGGACGUGGGAAAUGGUUAAGAGUCAGAUGCAGUCAGGCAUAUUUAUUGCAUCUGUCUUAUCUGUUGCAUCAUCACUUCCUGGCAAGAAGAUGACACUAUUAAUUUAUGACUCUGAGAAAUAUUCAAGGAACAAGAAACCACUGAAGAAGGGAAGUUAUUACACAGAAUCUUCACCAUCUGAAGAUGAGCUGCUGGAGGCCCUCGUAGAAUUGCAGUUGCGACACGGCUGUCAGUAUCAUCUUGUACACACCCCAGAGGAGCUUGGUGCAGCAAUUGGGCAGCUUACAAAGGCUAUUGCUGUGAAACCAUUCAAAUUGGAAAAGCAGGAGGAACAGAUGGAAGAGACAGACUGGUUUGCAGCAGGUGACUCUAACGACUGUGUGAAGGUGGACAAACACGGCAACGGGAUGCUGCAGCUGUGGCGGCAGCAGUUAUGCCAGUUCCCACUGGCGAGCUUAGCCACAGCCGAAGCUAUUUCUGCUGUUUACCCUUCACCACGUGCACUUCUAGAGGCCUACAAGUGCUGCAAAAGUGAAAAAGAGGGGCUGCUGCUACUGCAAGAUAUAAAGGUGCGACGUGCAGCAGGGCCACUGGCAACUGUACAAAGAAUAGGACCUGAGCUCAGCAAGAAGAUUUUUAAAUUUUUUAAUUCCAGUGAUGGAGAUGAAUUGUUGUAAUUCUGUAUGCAUGACAAAUUUUUUUAAAAAUUGUUUUUAUAAAAAGUUUUAAAACUGUGGGCCAGUAUUGAGAAAUAUUUUAUUCAAAGCAGAAAAUCAUGUAUUAAUUAAAAUAAUGCAAUUGCAUGUGUAUUUUAUAGAAUUGUUAAAAAUGUAGUUGAUAAGUUAUUUCAAAAAAUUUAUUUUAGUGACUAUCAUAUUGUAAAUAAAAAUAUGUAACCUC